GUGGGCGGCCAUUAUUGUUUUGGUUUUGAAUAUAAUCGAACAGUUUUUUUAUGAAACUAUUGCCGUUUAUUGUUAUAACAAAUUAGUUUAGUUUAUAAAACAGUUUUUUUUUGGUGAAUAUUAACAACAAAAUUAACAUUUCGACUGAAAUGAUGGCAUCAAAUGUUAUGAUUACGGAUAUAUUGGAUGAAUUGAAUGAAGAAAAUCAAAGACUAUUGUCUGAACUGAGAUAUUGUCAGCAAUUGAGGGAAAUGUUUGAUAAAUACAGACAUUUAGUGAAUAGUUUGCAAACAAAUUGUGUUUGUAUUGAAAACAAUGAAUUAAAAACACAAUUCAAUGAAAUGGAUGUCCAAUACAUUGAACUCAAGACUAGAUAUACAACUGAUGACAGACUGAACGCAAAGAAAAGUGAAGAUAAAUCUAGUGAUGAAUUGUUAGACAGACCACCGAUUAAGAGACAAAAACGUAAGAUUAAGACGACAAGUGGUCAUCAAAUAAUUAAAUCAAAUAAGAAAAAGAUUUGUUAUAAUUGUCAUCACUCGGGUUGUGUCCAACAGUUUAGUUACAAUUGUCGACUUAGAUCACAGUUACGGAUCAAACACAAAGAUCAACGAAAACAACACGACAAAUGUGAUGUCGAAAUAGAUGGACAACUGAAGACAAAAGAAACAGAAGACGUAGCCGACGACAAACGUAUGCAUAGUAGCCGUCCAAUCAAUUGCCGCAAUUGUGACCAAAAAUUUGCUACAGUUUUGACUCUUAGAGCUCAUGUAAAGAAAUGUCAUAAAAAUGAAAUAUAUAAAUGUAGUUACAAUGACUGCGAUAAAGAGUGUUUAUAUCCGCAGUCACUCAAUGCUCAUUACUAUUGGUGUCAUAAGGAUUUGACUGACCGGCCGUUUAAGUGCGAUAUCGAUGAUUGCGACAGAAGUUAUGAUAAGAGUAGUGUACUUCAACAUCACAAACGUACCGUACAUUUGAAUAAAACUGUUCGCCCAAAGAAUUUGAUCUGCGAUUGGGUCGGUUGUGGCAAAGGAUUUAGUUAUGAGUUUCAACUAACGGAUCACAAACGAACCAAACAUACCGGUGAGCGACCGUUCAAGUGUAAGGAGUGUAACAACUCGUUUGCCACCACUUCCUAUCUGACUGCUCAUGUAAAGGCCAGUCACGCCGAAAGAAAAUACAAAUGUACUUACGAUGGAUGCGAUAAAGCAUUUUAUAAACCGCAUCCAUUGGCCGAACAUCUACUCCGUCAUCAAGGAUUAUAUGAGAAGCCGUUUAAAUGCGAUUCGGUUGGUUGUGGCAAAAGUUUUACACAAAAUGCUGGACUUGAAAAACACAAACGUCGGCAACAUUUGGGUAUAAAAUAUUCGUGCGAUUGGCCCGACUGUGACAAACAGUUCGCUAACGAAGGCUAUCUGAACGUUCAUCGGCAGCGACACACAAAUGACCAGAAGUUUAGAUGUCCAGUGAAUGGAUGCGAUAAAAUGUUUUCAACAAAUCUUGAUCUAUACAAUCACGACAAAUACUAUCACAUCCGACAGUACCAGUGCUCGUGGCCCGGCUGUGAUGCCAGCUAUUCACAAAAGACACCGUUUACCGAUCAUAUUAAUAGACAUCAGGGUCUUAGACCAUAUAAAUGUCAUAUCCAGGGAUGCGAACGCAGUUAUCCCAUAAAGAAGACAUUGGAUCAUCAUUUGAAACAUAUGCAUAACACAAAUAAUAAAAAGAAUGUUGAAAAUUAA